AUGAUUUCUCAAGAUCAGGACCAAGAGGAGAGUGAUGAUACAUCUCGUGCGUUGGCAGCACCACACGGAGGAAAUGAGCGUUUGGAGUCUAGGAUUCCAGGUAGUGCGGCCAGACACGGCGUAGGGUACCAGGCUCCAUCUCCAGAGGUGGGUCCAAUGAACGCAGCUCCAUCAAGAGUAUCUAUUUCGUUACAAGAUUUUGCCCAUGCGCAACAACGAGCAGCACAGGAUCCUCAUGGCCCUGAAACAUCGGACAAUCGACGUGACAGACUAUCCGGUACGAUCUAUUCUCAACAACAGAGUCAACGUUUCGAGGCGGAUGCACUACGAGAUUCGCUACCACGACACACGACGUCAGCAACCCACACAACACCGGCGAUUCCACCAGCGGCCAGUGAUAAGGAGACCCUUCCUACACCAGAAAGUAUUGCUGCAGACCGUCAAGUACUUCAUGCGCGGAUGCUUUGA